AUUUAUUUUUAUUUUAAAUCGGUGAUUUCUCAUAAAUAUAUUGAAGCGGGAACAAAGAAAAAACCGGAAGAGGAAUCAUUCAUCUCAAACUCAACGCCUUCUUCUGCAAGCUUGAUUCUUUUUCUCUUCUUCUCCAUGGCUCGAAACAAGGAAGCUUUGGUUUUGCUGCUGGAUGUGGGGCCAUCCAUGCACUCUGUUAUUCCUGAAAUUGAAAAAGUUUGUUCCAUGCUUGUGGAAAAGAAGCUGAUCUUUACCAAAUAUGAUGAAGUGGGUGUUGUCUUAUUUGGAACAGAAGAUACUGAUAACGAACUUACGGAAGAAGUUGGAGGAUAUCAACAUGUUGUGGUUUUGAAAAAUAUUAAAGUUGUGGAGGGAGAUAUUGUUGAGGCUCUACAGCAACUGCCUCGAGGAGCUACACAUGGUGAUUUUCUUGAUGCUAUUAUUGUUGGCAUGGAUAUGCUGAUAAAAAAGUUUGGAGAAACUAACAAGGGAAAGAAGCGUCUAUGUCUUAUUACAAAUGCACAAUGUCCAAUAAAAGAGCCAUUUGAAGGAACAAAAGAGGAACAAGUGACCACCAUUGCUAAACAAAUGAUCGUCCAUGGUAUGAGGAUGGAAAGUAUAAUUCUGAGAGGAAAGCUUAAUCAAGAUGCAAAUAAGAAAAUAAUGGACGAGAACGAUCAACUGUUACGUAUUUUUUCAACAGAAACUUCUGCAAGGUCAACAUAUGUGGAGAAUCCAGUUUCUUUGCUUGGUGCUCUUAGAACCCGAAAUAUAACUCCAUCCACAAUCUUUAAAGGGGAUCUUGAAUUAAGCCCAAAACUGAGGAUUAAGGUUUUGGUAUACAAGAAAACAGCAGAAGAAAAGUUUCCAACUCUCAAGAAAUUUUCUGAUAAGGCUGCUUCAACCGAUAAAUUUGCUACACAUGAAGUCAAAGUGGAUUAUGAAUACAAGAGUUCUCAAGAACCUGAUAAAGUUGUCCCGCCAGAUCAAAGAAUUAAAGGUUAUCGAUAUGGGCCUCAAAUAGUUCCCAUAUCCCAAGCUGAGUGGGAUGCUGUUAAGUUCAAACCAGAAAAAGGUCUGAAGCUUUUAGGAUUUACUGAUUCCUCCAAUGUAUUGAGACACCAAUACAUGAAAGAUGUCAAUGUCUUCGUAGCUGAAACAGGAAAUACAAAAGCCACACUUGCACUUUCUUCGCUAGCAAGGGCUAUGAAGGAAAUGAAUAAAGUGGCAAUACUACGUUGUGUUUGGAGACAUGGACAAGCGAAUGUCGUCAUUGGGGUCCUGACGCCCAAUCUAUCUGAUAAGGAAAAUAUUCCUGAUUCGUUAUACUUCAAUGUACUACCUUUUGCUGAGGAUGUGCGAGAGUUUCAAUUCCCUUCUUUCAGUAAUUUCCCUGCACCGAUACAGCCAAAUGAACAACAGCUAGAGGCCGCGGCUAACUUGGUAAAAAUGCUUGAUCUUGCACCACAAGGAAAAGAGGAAGUUCUGCUACCUGAUUUUACACCAAAUCCAGUCCUAGAGCGCUUUUAUCGCUAUCUUGAGCUCAAGUCAAAGCAUGCAGAUGCUGCAGUACCCCCUCUUGAUGAUACGCUCAAGAAAAUCACAGAACCUGAUGAUGAGCUCCUUCAACAAAACAAAUCUGUGAUAGAAAAAUUUCGUCGGUCUUUUGAACUAAAGGAAAAUCCGAGGCAUAAAAAGUCAAGGCGUUUAUUGAGAGAGGAAAGAUAUGGUUCCAGUGAGGAAAAUAGUAAAGGAGAAAUACCUGCUCUGGCUUCGAAUCUCAUUGAAGAUAAGUCAAAUGUUGAAGUCGACAACAUUGGAGAUCUGACUCCUGUACAAGAUUUUGAAGCCAUGUUUGCGCGCAGAGAUAAUCCAGAUUGGGUUGUAAAAGCAAUUGAUGCUAUGAAAAAUAAAAUUCAUGAUCUCAUAGAGGAUUCCCACGAAGGCGAUAACAAUUCGAAAGCAUUGGAAUGUUUAGCUGCGCUCCGCAAGGGAUGUAUCAAUGAGCAGGAACCGAAACAGUUCAACAAUUUCCUUCGCGAUCUUUGGAGUUUCUGUCAAGAGAAGAACCUUCAUGGUUUCUGUGAUUCUCUUUCUUCAAAAGGAAUCACCUUGAUCCCCAAAUCAGAAGCUGCAGACAGUGAAGUUACUGAAGAUGAAGCAAGAAGUUUCUUAGUCAAAUCUCAGCCAAAAGUUUGAAUGAUUACUUAACUGGAUGUGUUGAAAUAUUUAGGUCCUUUCUUUCUUGUAUAAGCAUCUCUGUUAGGCUACUGUAACAAUACAUUGUAAAUAUUAUUUGUACUCUAGCCUUAGAUUACUGCACUUGAUUUUCUUCAUUAGAAACAGAGUUUUUAACCCUUA